AGAAUCUCCUUAAGAAACAAUAGUCGGAGUCAAGAUGGCGUCGGACGACUCCUCUGUUAAUUUGAAAUAUGACACUCUCACUUCCUGGAGCAACUCAUUUCCUUAUGCGCUUUUAACAAUUUCUUUAAAGCACUGAAGGCAUCAUUUUAUUAGUGAAAUUGGCAUUGAUGUUCAGAAAUUGGGAGCACAGAGACCCAGAUCACUGGAUAUGGCAUUUAGGUAGACUUCUUUCAAUGCCUCAAAGACUACCAGUUUGCUGUAUUGCAACCUUCAUCAUCCUUUUCUCCUGUCUCUCUGCCAUUGCAUUUAUUUUCUACUGGAUUGGAAGUCUUUUGAAGCACAAUCGAUAAGUUUAGCAUUGAACAAUAGCAAUCACAGAGCCAAGAUGCUUCAACAAAUUUUAAAAGACAUGUACAUCGAGCCAGAACUGCUGGAGGAGCUGUCAGAUGACCAAAAGCAGAUACUAUUUCUAAAAAUGAGAGAAGAACAGAUCAGAAGAUGGAAAGAGAGAGACGAGACGGAAGAACAACAAGAAAAUAAUAAUAGUGACAGAAAAACAACUAGAAAAGCUAAUCAAAGAAGGGUACACUUCACACUGGAUUGCGAUGAUGAAGAUGGCCCAAUUGCAGUUUUGAUAAUACCAGACCAUGAAGAGGAAAACGAGGAAGAACGAAACAGGAGAGAAGAAGAGGAAGCUCUUAGACAAGCGGAGGAAUUGGCGAAAAAAGAAGCCGAGGAAAGGAAACGAAAACAAAAAGAAGAGCUAGAGGCAAAGCGGCUUGAAGAAGAAAGAAGAAUAAGGGAAGAAGAGGAGAGGCUAUGUAAAGAAGCCUUGGAAAGAGAAGAAAGAUUGAAAGAAGAGGAAAAAAGGCUUAAAAGGGAAGCAGAAGAAAGAGAGGCAGAGCUUCAAAGAAGGGAAGAAGAGCGUAGAAGGCUAGAUGAAAAGGAAAGAAUUAGAAAGCAAAAGGAAGAAGAAAAAAGAAAAGAGGAGGAAAAGCGGUCAAAAAAACUGGCUUUAGAAAAAGAAGAGAAAGAAAGAAAAGUUAGACAGGAGAAGAUCGAGAAAGAAAAACAAGAGGAGUUAAGACGUGAAGAAGAAAGAUUAAAAAGAGAAGCCGAAGAAAAAGAAGAAAUGGUAAGGAAGGAAAAAGAACAGAAGCAGAAGGAAGAGGAGGAACUUAAAAGGAAAAGAGAGCAAGAAGAGAUGUACCAAAAAGUGAAGGAAGCAAAGUUGAGAGCGCAAAAAGCAGAAGAAGAGCGAAAAGCUUUGGAAAAAAGAAUGAAAGAGAUGGAAGAAAAGCGACAGAAGCAGCUAGAAGAGCUAAGGCAGAAAGAAGAAGACGAAAAGAGGAAACGAGAAGAAGAAAUUGCUGAGAUGGAGAAGAAGAGAAAGCAGGAACUAUAUGAAUCGAUGAAAAGAAUUAAGGAAGAAAAUCGACGCAGAGAAGAGCAAGAAAUGAAGGAAUUGGAAGAAAGUUGGUUAGCGAGGGAGCAGAAGGCCAAAGAAGCUGAAAGAGAUCGGAAAAACUCUUUCAACCAAGCAAAACAUGAAAUGAAGCGGCUUGCGAAGAUUGCCAAGGAGAAGACGGUUAAAGUGGCCAAGUCAGCAAGCAUGAAAUUUGGGAAUGAAGAUAAGUUGACCUUCAACGCAAGUUUUGAUAAAGAAUCGCCAACUAAAGAUCCAAACACUUCAAGCUCUCAGUCUCCAAAACCGAGAACGUCAUUUUCAGACAAAUUUAACACCCUGAAAGGUUCGUUGGCAAAAUCGAAGCAAAGUGCAUCGCCUCAAAGACCCCCACUACCAAAGAAGCUAGAGAUUUCGGGUCCUGUUCCCAUCAAACCAAUAGCAGACAAACAGAAAACAUUUCCAAUUAAAAGGCAAAUUUCAAAACCUACACGCCCACCUCCGCCUGCUGCUUUAAACGUGGCUUCCCAGAAUGCACCCGACGGCAAUCCAGAGCGGCCCACGCGGGCAAGAAGACCAGCAGAUCGCGACGCUGUUGCACAAUGGUGGAGAGAGGUUGAGUAUGAGAAAGGCUCUGGUUUUAACGAGGAUGGCAACUUUUUAGAAUGGUUCCAUGGAAUCAUAUCACGGGAUCAGUCAGAGAAGUUGUUAAGUGAAAAGGAGAAGGGUGCAUUUUUGGUUCGGGUGAGUGAGAGAAUUUGGGGAUACACAGUUUCAUACAAGGAUGAUAACAAAUGCAAACAUUUUUUAGUUGACACCAGUGGAAAUACGUACCAGUUUUUUGGAACACAGCAAAUACCACACCGUACCCUUAAGGAUCUAAUCGACUUUCAUUCAGAACGACCAAUUUCUGGGGUGGGACAAGAGUACUUAAAAUACCCUUGUGGGCAAUUAGAAGCUACCCCUGAUUAUCAAGAUCUUUUAAUUGAAAGUACGUCAAUGUAGAGGAUUUGGAAUUCGUAUGUCUUGUCUUGCGCUAGAAUCGAAUUGUAAAAAGUCAUAGUUGUGCAAAGUGCCUCGGUCAAAAUUGAUACCAGUAUUUAUGGAAUUUGAUCGCUAUUGAUAUUUUACAAAACAUUUUUAAAGUAUUGGCCUAUCCGCAUUCUCAAAUUUAUUCGAAAUGUCAGAAAUGUCUGACAGCUGCCGAAUUUUCAUGAUACAAAUUCGGCAAUUUGAUACGCGAAAAUAACUAGUUGAUAAAUAAUACGAAAUUGGGGAAAUUUUGAAAAACCUUUAAGAUCCUAGUAUUUAAAAUCGAAUUCAAACGAACACUAUUCGAGAAAAUUUCUUUUCUAAACAGACACCGUCAAGAAUUUUAGAUAAUUAUUACAAAGUUUUUCGGGAGUGUUUAUUGGUUGGGUAUUCUCUGAAAGCAAGACUCUUUUAACUUCUGUUACUGAUUAGAAAGUUGUGUUAUUCUCUAUUUAUACCUGCCAAGUCUUAUCGAGAGAACAUUUUCAACUUACCUGUAAAAUUGGAAAACGCCCUCUGUUUGUCGGGAUUGUCAAUAAGACCAAUUCCCUCUUUUGGAAGCCAUUAGAUAAAUAAUCAUGUUUCUUGACACCCGAAAUCAUCCUUCCCUAACAAUCAAAAUUGUAAUAGGAAGAGCAACUUUCUGUAAAAUUACUUGUUGCUGGCAUCAAAAUUCAUGCUAAAUUCCUAAUUGCCAAGCUUCUGGGAGGUAAUACUUAUGGAUUCUGUUAGCUUUGUCUCAAGAGUAUGGAGAAUAUUUGCAACGCUGUUAAUUUCAAUAUCAAUAUGCAUUUCAGGAGCUCAAAAUUUAAUUCCAUCGCAACUUCUUGAUAAUUGUACUUAAUAAUUUUUACAACAUGCGUGCUUUAGAUAGUUCUUUCUCAUAUGCAGAAAUUUAGAGAUUUUGUAACAUAUUUUGAUGAAGAAAGAUAAAAAUUGUUUGAUCGUUAAUGUUGACUAAGCAUAGUCUGGCCGCUUCAAUUUUGUCCAAUCUGCGUUACUACAUGUUGUUUCUAUUUAUGACCUCCCAAUUCAAGUUCAGCUGAGGCUCAAGCAUAUGAUGGAUUCGAGGUAUUAUUCUUAUUCUGGCAUCCUUGGGGAAAGAUGGCAGAAUACCACAAAUAGAUUCGUUUACAAUUUUUUAGGAAGGCAACUGACUAUAAUCAAUCAUAAAUAGAUUUUGGCACAACACUUUUACUUGUCAACGAUUAGUUCAAAUUGGAAGAAAUGGGCGUUUUGAAUAAGUGAAAGCAAUUCACUGUGGUGUAAAUAAUUUCAAAUUAAUUGUUUAUGUAUGUUUUUUAUUCAAGACGCAGUAAUGGCAAAAACGACGAUGAAUAGUUUGUUGUGGGUUUCCCAUUUCUAGUAGGCGAGUUUUAUCAAGCAUGAGCAUAACUUUAUAAAAUUUUGGUGACAACACUGUAUUCACAUAAAAAUAGCACAGGGAACAGUUGUUUCACCUGAAAAGAUGAUAGUUCCAACUAUGAGCCCCCUACAUG